UAUCUGCCCUAGGUGUCUGCCAGUCUACUUGGGCCUCACUGACUCUGGCUGUUUCUCUUUGCUGCCUACCCGUGUCUGUUGUUGGGUUCCAAUCUCUGUCUCCACUUGAUAAGUACCUGCCUUCACCUGUUGGGCACAUGUCACAUGUUAGGUGCCUGUUGUUCAUGUCCCCUUCUGUCUCUGCCUGUUGGGUUUAUGUCCCCUUCUGUCAUUGCCUGUUGGGUUUGUGUCCCCUUCUGUCUCUGUCUGUUGGGUUCAGGUCACCAUCUGUCUCUGUGCUGUUGGAUACAUGUCCCCUUCUGUCUUUGCCUGUUGGGUACAUGUCCCCGUCUGUCUCUGGCUGUUGGGUACAUGUCCCUUUCUGUUUCUGCCUGUUGGGUUUGUGUCCCUAUCAGCCUACACACAUUGAGGAUGAGCUUCUGUCCACCUCUGUCUGUUAGAUACGAGUCCCUUCCUGCUGCUUCUUGUUGGGUACAUGUCUCCAUCUGUUUUCUAUUGGAUAUGAAUUUCUCCUGCUGCUGCCUGUUGGAUAGGUAUCCUUAUCCAUCCCUGCCUGUUGGGUAUGUGUUCUCUCCUGCCCCUGACUAUUAGAUGCCAUUCUUAUCUGUUUCCACCUCUUGGGUGCCUGCUUCUGCCUGCUGGGUGUCUCUCUUUGUCUGCCUCCACAUAUCAGGCACCUGUCUUUGCCUGUUGGGUACCUGUCUGCAGUUGGGUAUCUGUCUGCUCAGCAGCUGCAUUGGCAGGGGGCUUUCCCUUUGUAGGCCCCUGCAAAGGGAGGAUGGGGGAAUGGCCAGAGGGCAGCCCUGAGGCACUGGGGAGCGGGGAGAGAGGAAGGGAACGGGGUGAGGGUGUAGGCCUGGAGCUGGGAAACCACAGACCCUGAGUGAUUGGCUGCCCUGGGCCGGGCCCAGCCCCCGCCCUUACCCUACACAUCCGCCUUGGUCCCGGCCACCUCCGCGGCAGCCCCGGACGCUGCCUGCUCCUGCCAUGGUGCCGUGGCCCUGCUGGGCGGAUGGAGCAGGAUCCCAAGCCGCCCCGUCUGCGGCUCUGGGCCCUGCUCCCCUGGCUGCCCAGGAAGCACCGGCCCAGGAUCAGCCAGACCUCUCUGCCUGUCCCUGUCCCUGGCUCUGGCUCCCAGCAGGACUUGGAUGAGGGCGUCCUCAAGGAGAUCUCCAUCACGCACCACGUCAAGGCUGGCUCUGAGAAGGCUGAUCCAUCCCAUUUCGAGCUCCUCAAGGUUCUGGGCCAGGGAUCCUUUGGCAAAGUCUUCUUGGUGCGGAAGGUCACCCGGCCUGACAGUGGGCACCUGUAUGCCAUGAAGGUGCUGAAGAAGGCGACACUGAAAGUACGUGACCGCGUUCGAACCAAGAUGGAGAGAGACAUCCUGGCAGAUGUAAACCACCCAUUUGUGGUGAAGCUGCACUAUGCCUUCCAGACCGAGGGCAAGCUCUAUCUCAUUCUGGACUUCUUGCGUGGUGGGGACCUCUUCACACGGCUCUCAAAAGAGGUGAUGUUCACGGAAGAGGAUGUGAAGUUUUACCUGGCCGAGCUGGCUCUGGGCCUGGACCACCUGCACAGCCUUGGUAUCAUUUACAGAGACCUCAAGCCUGAGAACAUCCUUCUGGAUGAGGAGGGCCACAUCAAACUCACUGACUUUGGCCUGAGCAAGGAGGCCAUUGACCACGAGAAGAAGGCCUACUCCUUCUGCGGGACAGUGGAGUACAUGGCCCCCGAGGUCGUCAACCGCCAGGGCCAUUCCCACAGUGCGGAUUGGUGGUCCUAUGGGGUAUUGAUGUUUGAGAUGCUGACGGGCUCCCUGCCCUUCCAGGGGAAGGACCGGAAGGAGACCAUGACGUUGAUUCUGAAGGCGAAGUUAGGCAUGCCCCAGUUUCUGAGCACUGAAGCCCAGAGCCUCCUGCGGGCCCUAUUCAAGCGGAAUCCUGCCAACCGGCUCGGCUCCGGCCCUGAUGGGGCAGAGGAAAUCAAGCGGCAUGCCUUCUACUCUACCAUUGACUGGAAUAAGCUGUACCGUCGUGAGAUCAAGCCACCUUUCAAGCCAGCAGUGGCUCAGCCUGAUGACACCUUCUACUUUGACACUGAGUUCACGUCCCGCACACCCAAGGAUUCCCCAGGCAUCCCGCCUAGCGCUGGGGCCCAUCAGCUGUUCCGGGGCUUCAGCUUCGUGGCCACUGGCUUGAUGGAAGAUGACGGCAAGCCUCGCGCCCCGCAGGCACCCCUGCACUCAGUGGUACAGCAACUCCAUGGGAAGAACGUGGUUUUUAGUGAUGGCUACGUGGUAAAGGAGACGAUCGGUGUGGGCUCCUACUCCGUGUGCAAGCGCUGUGUCCACAAGGCCACCAACAUGGAGUAUGCCGUCAAGGUCAUUGACAAGAGUAAGCGGGAUCCUUCAGAAGAGAUUGAGAUUCUUCUGCGGUACGGCCAGCACCCCAACAUCAUCACUCUGAAAGAUGUGUACGAUGAUGGCAAACACGUGUACCUGGUGACAGAGCUGAUGCGGGGCGGGGAGCUGCUGGACAAGAUCCUGCGGCAGAAGUUCUUCUCGGAGCGGGAGGCCAGCUUUGUCCUGCACACCAUCGGCAAAACUGUGGAGUAUCUGCACUCACAGGGGGUUGUGCACAGGGACCUGAAGCCCAGCAACAUCCUGUACGUGGACGAGUCCGGGAAUCCUGAGUGCCUGCGCAUCUGUGACUUUGGUUUUGCCAAACAGCUGCGGGCUGAGAAUGGGCUCCUCAUGACACCUUGCUACACAGCCAACUUCGUGGCGCCCGAGGUGCUGAAGCGCCAGGGCUACGAUGAAGGUUGUGACAUCUGGAGCCUGGGAAUUCUGCUGUACACCAUGCUGGCGGGAUACACUCCAUUUGCCAACGGGCCUAGUGACACACCAGAGGAAAUCCUAACCCGGAUCGGCAGUGGGAAGUUUACCCUCAGUGGAGGAAACUGGAACACAGUUUCAGAGACAGCCAAGGACCUGGUGUCCAAGAUGCUACACGUAGAUCCCCACCAGCGCCUCACAGCCAAGCAGGUUCUGCAGCAUCCGUGGGUCACCCAGAAAGACAAGCUUCCCCAAAGCCAGCUGUCCCACCAAGACCUGCAGCUUGUGAAGGGAGCCAUGGCAGCCACAUACUCCGCACUCAACAGCUCCAAGCCCACCCCACAGCUGAAGCCCAUCGAGUCAUCCAUCCUGGCUCAGCGACGAGUGAGAAAGUUGCCGUCUACCACCCUGUGAGGCACCAAGGCAUUCAGGCCACAGGGCAGUGCUAGCUUGACGGAGGCAGCAUGCUUCCCAGAGGGAGCAGGCUGGAGUCACAGGGCCAGAGGGAGCUGGAACCCGAGGGGCCGGGGAAGCUGCCAGCCCAGACCACCCCCAGUGAGGGUGUGAGAAGUGCCUUCUCCUUCCCCAGGACGGACUCUUCUUGGCUCAGGCUCUGCUGGUGGAAAGCGAUUCACUGUACAAACUCUUUUUUUAUGGAAAAAAUUGCGUCAACCACCAUGGAUUUUUACAAGAUCCAUUUGCCUUUCUGGGAGCAGAAACAGCCAGUGCGGCCCCAGGAGGGGAACUGAGUCACACUGGGGUUCUCUGAGACUCUUUAAAGCAGUUUUGGGAUCCCAUCCUGGGAACCCCCACGAUUGGCCAUCUGUAGCCAUCUGCACACACCUCCAAGGCAGUCCAGUGUCACCUCUCUCAGAGCCUCUGGCUGUUUAGCAGAACUCAUUCGAUCCCCAGUCAGCUCCUUUUCCGUUCUGUUCUGCUGGGGGUUCUAGAACUACUUCCUGCUACAGGAGGGGACUCACGCCCUGCUGGCUUCCAGCUUCAGGCACCAGCAUCCACCUCGGCCCUGCCAGUGGACCCCCUGCGGUCACGCUGGGCAGCCCCAGAGAGGAUGUGGAAAGCACUUUUUGGCUGACUUCUUUCGGGGUUGGCAAGGGGACAGAGUUCACAGAAUGCCAGCGGGCGGGCCAUGAGGGGCGGGACUUUCUUCAUUUCUUCCUCAGCUGGUUACUCAGGGUUCAUCUGUCCAUGGCCUUUCUAAUAAACUUUUGAGUUGAAGCA